ACACCUAAAGAGUGGUAAAUAGAACUGGCAGCCAACUGCACGCCUAUUCAUUGGCAGAGUUGACUUUCCUCCGGUAAUCAAGUGGUUUAGAAGUCAUUAGUUCGAGGAGGAAGCGAGUGUCAGGCGGACUUAGCAAAACUACGAGAAGGCUUUCAACCAAAUCUAGCAAUUGAGGCGAACACUAGAUAUCAUAGGCGCAGUAUUUGGAUAGUAAUCCUUCACUGAUUAUUAAUGGACUCCCUCAAUGAAACGUUGUGUUUAGAAGAACUGGUAGCAAGUUGUGAUAGUCGCCAGUCCUCUCACGUGAGCAGUAUGACCGUGCAAGGUUUGGUCAGUACGGAUACCAGUGUGCUUAGUUCAGGGUUAACGUCCCCUGCUUCAUCAUCUUCAUCAUCAUCAGGGACGCAGUCUACGUUAACAGACAUGACAGACACGCGGCCGGAGUCGAAAGGAGGUGAAACCAAUGAAAAUGCGAAGCCAGCCAACUCAGAGGACAGUGCCACGGAGGACGAUAUAAAAAAGAAACGCCGGCAAAGACGGCAAAGAACGCAUUUUACUAGUCAACAGUUACAGGAAUUGGAGGCGACAUUUGCGCGGAAUCGGUAUCCAGAUAUGGCCACGCGGGAGGAGAUCUCCGCUUGGACGAAUUUAACGGAAGCUAGAGUCAGGGUAUGGUUCAAAAACAGACGGGCGAAGUGGCGAAAGAGAGAACGCAACAUGGAGACGUUCAAAACGGGUUUUGGACCACAGUUCAAUGGACUCGUACAGCCUUUCGAUGACGGGUUAUACACGGGCUAUUCAACGUACAAUAACUGGGCGUCAAAGGUGCCGAGCCCCCUUGGCUCCAAAGGUUUUCCGUGGGGACUGAACUCUCAUGUUAACCACUUAUCCUCGGUUGUGUCUAGUCAGCCUAUCGGUGGAUUCACGUCAUCUCCCAAUAGCAUCACAACCACCAUGGUACCCAGUAUGACCGUACCCAGUGUACCCUCUAUGUCGAAUACAAUGAACAGUGCAGCGGGUACGCCUUGCCCGUACGCGACACCCGCACCACCUUACAUCACCUACAACAGGGAUCAGUGCUCGAACAGCAUUGCUGCUUUAAGACUCAAAGCAAAACAUCAUUCCACUGGAUUUGGGUAUGCACCGGUGUCUUCGAGACAGCCCACCCUGUCAGCGUGUCAGUACGCAUCGGUGGGACAGGGAGCGGCGGUGUGAGGUAACGCGGGAGGACUCAAGGACACGAGCAAAUCCAUGACCUCUUCUGUGUCAUGACAUUAACGUCAUCAGAGGAACUCGAAGAGCAGUGUCUCAACCGGUGACCAUGUUCAGAGUAUGGGUGGACUGGGUGCGCACGCAUGUGAGAAUCCAAUAGGCAAUGACAGAUCUUUCUAUUUCACGUGAUAUGCUUGGGAUUAUGAACUGAAUACCUCCUGUGUAUAAAGUGGAAGAUGGUUGGCUGAAGAACUGUAACAUUGUUUGUCGACUUGGAACUUUGGCAAGCUGGACAUCAAGAGUGGUCGCCAGUAUAACAUUGUUUCAAACAUGAAGCCGACAUAAUUCGUUCAAUCCGAGAGUCCCUCAGUUGAAGAGUUGUUCAAAUAGCGAUAACACUGGCUGAUGUUGUAGUGACCUUUGAACGGACGCGCACAUGAGCUCGUCUUGCAUGUCUUGGUUAGUCAAACGUCUCUGAAAUAAUCAACGCUAUUUGAAGAAAGUGCUGCUACUGAUAUUUCCAAAUGAACGGCGGGUUGUAAUUUAAAUGGUAGUUUUAUAGGUUUGUAAGUGUGUAGGAAAUCAAAAUCAAAACAGAGACUUCAUACUUUGAGCAUGAGAUCUCUGGUGAGGCACGGGGCUGGGCUAAGGAGCGCGAGACAACGACAGAUAUGAGAGUAGUGGUUGUGUCUUUGUCGCGGUUGUCUUGGUGGAUGUGACGCCCACUCACGUAUUGCGCUUGACAAAGGCGUACGUCAUCUACAAGUUUCUUCGUUUUCGUCAUGGAACAGCUGUAACCAUCGACUCACUUGCCCAGUUUCAGGUCUAUUUCUAGUCAAUAUGAAACCAAAAACAACAGUACAUAUUGUGCUGCAAGCUAUCGAUUUGAGGAUGAUGGUACAAUCUGUGUGAUGAUCAUUGAACCAUGUUUGCUGUCGAGAGGACCAAAUCAUCAUUAUUAUUGGCCCGGUCUGUUUGACCACCGACGUACUUUCCAAGUCUGGAUAGAACACCGGGCAUGAUGACCUGCAUGUAGAAUCAAUCGAUAGACCAUUUGCACAUCAUCCACAGGCACAUGAAGAUCUCGAAUCAAUCAAUUAAUAGAUCGCUCACUCUAUCAACCUCCCCAACUGAUGUGAACACGUGUUGUCAGUUGUGGUGGCGUUUUAAAUGGACUGAUUGAAUAAUCAAGCUAUUGAUUGAUUAUAGAUCUUCUUGCGCCUGUGGGUGAAAGCGAAUGUUUUGAUGAUUUCAAAGAGUAUGUCCGUAUUCGUAUUUGGGUAUCAACCAGCAUACAGGGUGUACCAUCAUUCUCAAAAACUUCUAUCCUUUUGUAAAUAUUUCUUCUCGAGAUCCGAGUGUGCUCUGGCUGCGGCCAUAGGUUUAUGUAUGUAGUAUUAAUUAGUGGUUGAUAAUAUAUUCGAUACAGUAUGCAGAUUAUUUUAUAAUGUUGUGAAAUGAGAGUCACUGUGCUGCAGCAGUGAUGAAUUCGACUGCCUAAACUAUUCUCUUUUUUUCUUGUCAGAGUUGUCUAAUUAAGUUGUCUUGUCGAACUCCAAGUGCAUUUGACGGUUUCUAUUCUCUCUCACUGUCCUUUGAAAGACAAGAAGGAAAUUAGUACAGAAAAACCAAGUUAUCUUGACUGUACAUCAUUGGUAUGAUGAUACUAUCAAUCAUGAAGAUACGAUUAUGAUAAUCAGACUGUUGAGAUGGUAGAGCAUGAAGCACUUGUAUCUAAUGAGCAGCCAGGCAGAACUCCCCCAUUCAUCAGUCUCUAUAUCAACACAUUUCAUGGGGUCAGAAUGCUUUAUGGAACAUUGGGUACAUUGUCCUCUCCGCCAGUUUCAACCUCCACACAUUAUGAUACAUCAUCAAAGGUUUCCAUGUACAAGGCUACUUGUACUUCGUGACAAGUGAAAGACGAUUUACAUUACAAGGAAACACUUGAAAUCGUAAUAAUAUGUAGGAAUUCGUGUUAGUGAGUUCGUAGGAUGUUACAAUGUCGACCAAAACUUCCCGUGAAAUCUGAAAUAGUUGUAACUGCAUCGUAAUAAUCAUGCAUACAUGUAUCUUUUCGAAAAUUGAAAUAGACAUACUUGUGUGAAAUAAUUAACUUCUGACUGCCCAGUUUCAGACACAAACAAAUGUAGUUAAUCAAUUAUGAAGCUGUUUGACCGUCAGUGUCUGAGCAACCUUGAGUCUGUCAUAUUUGAAAGACUCUGCUUAUUAUAAGAAGGUCGAUUUCGUUGGGUAUUAUUGUGUGAGUUGCAUUUCAAUUCUUCUAGAAAGACUAGUCAGCACUAUAUUGAAUUCAACCUGCAUUUUAAGUGACUUGAAUCGGUACAGUCAUACGGAAGUACUCUGUGACGACAGCAUAGUAGGCCUACCCAUCAAUUUGUUUUGUUAAGAGACUGAGAGGACUGAACUUUUUCCCCAGCUUCUUGUUUCAACUCUCAAACACAGUUUUACUGGUGUUUCACUAAGAACUUUACCGAUUUUACCUCUUCUUGCACUUGAGUCAAUUAUACACCAAUGGCUUAGUAAUGUACAUAAAAGUAAUCCUGAUUUGCCGUUAUUGGAUCAGGUGAUUAUUUUGUGCUAAGAAAAUGGGAUUUCUUGCUGUUUUCUCAAGGCUUAUUAUGUAUCGUCUUGGCCUAGGUUUCCUCUGUUACCAAACACCCUCCAAACAUUGACAAGCCACGCGUGUUUUCAGGACCAAAUCCCACUGAUUUUUCUUAUUUUUCUCUGUAAUGGUUUUUCAUAUCGAAUCAUGUUUUUUCAUGGAUUGGCAAGAGAAUGAAUAACCACAAUAAAAAUGUCUAAGUAUCACAAA